GAACUACGUUCCUCGUGUAUAUAUUUAUUCUGGUAAAUGUCUAUGUCUAUGGCUGUAUGGGCGUCAUCUCCUUUUGCCUGUUCUACGAACAGAGUAAAAAAAAAUGUCUAUGGUCUGGGAGCCGGAGCCGAGUUCGAGUUGUCAAAUUUGCUAAAGUUUAUGCAUUGUACCUACUACAUGUUCGUCGGAUAAUAUAAAUGGUUUUCUUCUCGUAAAAUGUUAGAUUUUUCAUUCCAUUGAUUUGAUUCUAAUAAGCAAUAAUCAUAUAUUUUACGUGUUACGGACGUUUUCUUGUUAUUUGAUUAAACCCUAUCGACAAGAUGUCUAAGUGGCAAUCUGAACGUAGCAUCCACGAAAUGUUGAAAGAUACACCACCGUUGCGCGAAUCCAGUGACUCCAUCACGUCUGGGACGGAACCCAAGUUUCCCACUUCACGCUCCAUGCCUUUCCCACCAGCCUAUGCACCUCCAGAUGUCUCUCAAAAUGGUGCAGCAGGCAGUAGUACCCUCCUCCGUGCUGGUUCUACUAAGCUUGAAACCUUACGGAACUGGGGAGUUUCCACAUACAAGUGCACCAAACAGAUCCUCUACGAGAAACUUGGCAAGAGUUCCAGGACAGUAGAUACAGAGUUGGAGGCUCAGAUUGAGAUGUUACGUGAGACACAGCGUAAAUACAAUGGGUUGCUAAGACUGAGUACAACUCUAACGGCCCAGUUGGCUGCGGCGGGGGUGACGCAGCGCGCCCUCGGCGAGGCGUUCGCGGAACUUGCACAGAAAUCUCCGGAAUUGCAGAACCAAUUUCUCUACAACGCCGAUACGCAGCGCUCUCUGACCCGAAAUGGUGAAACCCUGCUAGCGGCACUGCAUUUUUUCAACAACUCACUUAAUACUCUUACCAAUAAGACCAUAGAGGACACUCUCUUAACUAUUCGACAAUAUGAAGCAGCAAGGGUAGAAUAUGAUGCAUACCGCAGCGAGUUGGAAGCUAGUGGUGGCAACCCACCCGAGCUGUUGUUGGCUAAUAUUGAGAGACACCGCAGGCACUAUGAGCGGCUGCGUGAUGAUUCUGCAGUCAAGCUGAAGUUACUACAUGAGAACCGGGUGAAAGUGAUGAACAAGCAAUUGUUGCUGUUCCACAAUGCUGUCUCUGCUUACUUCAGCGGGAACAACGUGGCGCUUGAAGCGGCGGUGCGCCACUUCAACAUCCACACUCCCACCCCCACCUCUCCCCCACCCCCAGUCAUCACCCCCACUGCCCCACCGACUGCUGCCCCCACUGUACUACCCAGGACUGCAUAAACACGUCAUCUCAUAUUAUAAGGGCCAAGCAGAACUUGCUUUCUCGGUUGCAAUUUAAGCGAAUAAUUAUAGUAUUAGAAUAACGACGCGCGCACACAUCCCUCUGUGUUGUUGUAGGAAGAUCGCUUUUUACCAAUUUUGUAACAUUAUUAUGUUUGGCCCAGUGUUGACUUUGUUCUGUAAUGAAAUGCGAGCAUUGCGAUUGCAUAUUUUUGACUUAUAUAAGAUCUAAAGGCUGCCAGUAAUUUGUAUUAUGGUGCUUAUAAUAUGUCGACAUAAUCAAUUCUUUAUACUUGUCUUAUUUUUAUUUAUUGAAAUGAAAGUAACAUAAACAUGCCCACUUUAUUUAAUUACAUAACUAAAUAGCCUACAUACAACCCGCUGUUGGGCACAGGCCUUUUGUUGGAUGGGCCUCCCCCUAAAUCAACCGGAGGGGGUAUGGAGCAUAUUUCACCACACUGCUCCAGUGCGGGAGAGUAAUUAUUUACUUAAUCAAUGUAAAUCUAGACACGCGGUCGCGUGUCAAGCCAAGUUCAAGAAACAGAACUGGCGAGCCGCACCGUGUGUAAUAUUACACGAACCAUUUGGAGCCACUUUUGACCCCCUCAUAAAUCAAAAACUAUUUCACAUAAACGUAUCAUUAAUAUUCAACACUUCAUUAAAAGAUUCUCCACAAUAAUGACUAUACUAUAUAUGGUCAAUGGUGAUGAGAUUCAGUCGACAUGUGUUAGCUAUAAAAUGGGACAAGUAUAAACAGAUUUUACUAACACAUUCCUUGUGAUUGAUAAUAAAAUUCAAUAACUUAUAUAAAUCUGGUCUGGCAGCCUUGGAGUAUAGACUUUUGUGUGAUAUAAAUAGGAUAUUUAAAAUUAGUAACAGUUUCAUCAGAAAUGGAUGAGUGUUCUAGCUAAAAUAUUCUUCUCCAUUUUGUAGCUCUCAUCCCUAUCUGAACGAAACAAAUUAAAUUGAUUCGUAUUUUGACGAUACUAUAAGAUAUUUAUUUCGGAAGUUCUAUUGUUUGUGCGUAGUUAAAGAUCAACAAAGAAAUGAUUUCUGUAUAACAUAAUGUUAGAAGUUUUUUAUUGUUCAUUGUAACGCAAAUUAUUUAAUUUGAGUAUUAUAUUUUUUAAAUUAUACAAUUUAGUAGGUAGUUAAUAUUGAGGAUACUUUUGUUGGAUGAAAUGCUUUUACGUAAAUGUGUAAGAUAUUAUGGACAAUGCGUCAUUCCAAUUUUUAUUGCUUGCCAGCACUGUUUUGCGUAUAUUUAAUGGAACAUAGGAGCAAACUAGUCUAUCUGUCUGUUUUUUAACCAAAAGCGUGUUUUUGAAAGUUCAUUAUUAUAAUGUGUAUGAAAAUUAUUGUAAGUUUUCAAACUAAAUUAGAUUAUUUUUACACAAACAGCUUUAGAUACAGCUGGAUCAAUAUUAACGAUGUAAAUUCGUAUUAAGAUUGUUAUCAACACAGGCAAAAGAUAUAAUAAAAGAACAUUAAUUUAGUUCAAUAUGUAGCCACAAUGUUUAGUCUAAUUUCGUAGCUCAAAUUUAUCCUUCCAAUAUAUAAAGUAAUUUAAUGAGUAAACUUUUAUAUUCAUAAACACCAGUUUCAAAUUGUAAUGCAUAAUAAAAAUAAUUAUAAUCGUAAUUACAAUGGUAAUUUCCAAAGAUCUUUAAUGUUAACAUCAGAUAUUAUAAUGUAUGUGUAGGGUAAAAUCACUUAUCAGUAUAAAAUUGAGCUACAUAAGUUAUUUAUGAAGUCUUAAUAUCGACCUAAUGUGCACUGGCAUUAGCAAUUAAUUAAUUGCCAUCUUAAUAUUUGUUGCUACAAAGUUCAUAUAGAUUGUGUUAUCUUGUUCCUUAUUUUAGUCUGAGGUUUAUGGAAGUAUAUUGGAUACUGCACUAUUGUGAGAUCUCUUUUGCAUGCAGAUAUAAUUUGGCUGUCUCUGUGCGGCCUAUGGUUUAGUACAAUCAAAUAAGGUGAAGUAAUAAAAAAGUAACAAACUGGAAAUUUGUAUUUGUAUAAUACUUUUGUUUUGCCUUUUUCUUUGUUGGUUUAAAAAGUCUCAUAAAAUCUUGUGUCAGCAGGUCAAUUCCUCGAAUCUAACUUAAGCUUGGAAUUCAUAAUCAACAUAAUAUUUUUCGCCUCAUUUAAAAACGAUUUUUAGUCAAUAUACAAGAUGACAAAACAAAGGUAUUUAUAUACAAAUUUUCAGCUUAUUACAUUACCUUUCAUUCAGAUGUUGAAUCCUUAUUUGAAUAUAGAUAAAAGUAUUUGUGUGAUGUAGAAGGAUAUAUUCUAAUAGCUAGUCAACAAGGAUCUUUCUUUUAUAAUGUUCUGUCAACAUGAUUAUUAAUUUAUACAUUAUUAUAGAAUCUAGAUUUUACACUUAAGAUUUAAGAUUAUUCAACAUAUUUAUCAUAUUUUAAGGAGUGUAAAAUAGAAUCACUUGUACUUCA